UCAGCAGAAGCAUCAAUCAACAUGAUCCCCAUUGUGCUGGCCUCAGUGCUCAUUGCUAGCGCCCUUGGGUGCGGCACCCCGCCCAUUGAACCCCUGACUUCCCGUGUGGUUAAUGGAGUAGAUGCCAAGCCCCACAGCUGGCCCUGGCAGAUUUCUCUGCAGUAUGAAAAGGAUGGUGCAUGGAGGCACACUUGUGGGGGAUCUCUGAUUGCUGCCAACUGGGUCAUGACUGCUGCUCACUGCAUCAAUGACAAGCUCUCCUACAGGGUGUUUGUAGGCAAAUAUAACCUGGUUGAGGACGAGACUGGCUCCAAGGCCAUCCUGCCUGAGAAGAUUGUUGUUCAUGAGAAAUGGAACCCCAUCUUUGUGGCCUUUGGUAACGACAUUGCCCUAAUCAAGUUGUCAGAGCCUGUGACUUUGAGCGACCAGGUGCAGUUGGCUUGCAUCCCUCCUGCUGGUACUGUGCUGCCCAACCUCUACUCCUGCUACAUCACAGGAUGGGGCAGGCUGUCCACCGGAGGCCCCAUAGCUGAUAGGCUGCAGCAGGCUCUGAUGCCUGUGGCCGACCACGCCACGUGCUCCCAGCCUGACUGGUGGGGUAUUGCUGUCAGGACCACCAUGGUGUGUGCUGGUGGAGAUGGAAUCGUGGCUGGAUGCAAUGGUGACUCUGGUGGCCCUCUGAACUGUAAGAACGCAGAGGGCACCUGGGAGGUCCAUGGCAUUACCAGCUUUGUUUCUGCCUUUGGCUGCAACUAUAUUAAGAAACCCACUGUCUUCACCCGUGUCUCCGCUUUCAAUGACUGGAUUGACCAGGUUAUGAUGAACAACUAAAGAAGAUGAAGUGUCAAUAAAAAGACCCAACAAACUGCA